GAUUGCACAAAUCAUGUGACAUAUUAAUUCAUGAUAUGAUUUAUCUGACCUUACUUACUAUAUUUGCAAAAGGGAAGAAAUGUUUGCAGUGAAUUUUAAAUUAAUCGGCUUAAUUGGGGCGUUCUAUUUUGUACGAGCAGAGCGAUGCUUCCAUUGUACAGACAUAGCAGAUCCUGGUUUAUGUACUAAAGUUGAAACUUGUGGACCAGAUCAGGUUUGCUCCAUCAGACAGUAUGUCCAAUAUGAUGGCACUGUACUCUACAGUUUAGGAUGCCGAGCUAAAACCACUUGCCCCGCACUUGGAACUAUAGUAGGGAGGCGAGAUAUGUCGAUACGUGACACCGCUGUAACAACUUGUGUUGAAUGCUGCAACAAGGAUUACUGUAACAUACAGGGUUGCAACACACAGGUUGUAUCGCGGGACAAAAGAGGACCUUAUUGUUUCACAUGCGAUGCUACGAGGGACCCUUCUACGUGUAGUGACGUCACAAUUUGUCAAGAGUCGGAGGUAUGA